GAGAGAGAGAGAGAGAGAGAAAGUGAAAGAAACGGCGCCGUUACUCGACAUAUCACAACAGCAGGAAUAAAACCGACGCCGUUAAAAAGGGAAGGCAGGUUUUCGUUUCGCAGUUCGCUGGACAGAGAGUUGCGAAGCGAGACAGAGUAGUCUCUCUGCGCCUCGCCUGCUCUGUUAGUUCUACCACUCCCUGUAUACUGUGCCCGUAUACAUAAACGUAUAUCUCCAGCAAUCAAAUGGAAGCGAUAAGCCCGUCGAUUGUGGAUUCCGGUAAUCUCCCGAUAAGAAAUUCCGAUGCCGAAGCAGAGGGUUUCAAGCAUAGCGUGGAUGAAAUUCUUCAAAAAGUUGAUAAAUUGGAGCAAAGAGUGAACGAGGUCGAGCAGUUUUACUUGAAGAAUACAAGUAAAAAGCAGCAGAGUGGUUCUUCGAAAGGUGGAAGCUCCACUGUGAAAGAUAAAGAUAAAGAGAGGCAUAUUCCUAGUAUUAGGAAACAGCAGCAAGAUGCAUCGAAACGAGAGGCAGCUGCUGCUAAGAGAAUGCAAGAGCUUAUGCGCCAAUUCGGUACAAUAUUGCGUCAAAUUACACAGCACAAAUGGGCGUGGCCUUUUAUGCAACCUGUGGAUGUCAAAGGUCUUGGUUUGCAUGACUAUUAUGAGGUUAUCGACAAGCCCAUGGAUUUCAGUACAAUUAAAAAUCAAAUGGAGGCCAAGGAUGGCACAGGAUACAAGAGUGUAAGGGAGAUAUGUGCUGAUGUGAGGUUAGUGUUUAAGAAUGCAAUGAAAUAUAAUGAUGAAAGAAGUGAUGUUCAUGUUAUGGCCAAAACAUUGCUGGGAAAAUUUGAGGAGAAAUGGCUACAGUUUCUGCCUAAAGUCACCGAAGAGGAGAAAAGAAGAGAGGAGGAGGAAGCGGAGGCUCAAUUGGAUAUGCAGCUUGCUCAGGAGGCUGCUCAUGCUAAAAUGGCUCGUGAUUUGGGUAAUGAGCUUUAUGAGGUUGAUAUGCAUCUGGAAGAGCUUCGAGAAAUGGUCGUUCAAAAGUGCAGAAAGAUGUCUACCGAAGAGAAAAGAAAGCUUGGGGCAGCUCUUACAAGGCUAUCUCCUGAAGACCUGACCAAAGCAUUGGAGAUUGUUGCUCAGAAUAAUCCAGGCUUUCAAGCAACUGCUGAAGAGGUGGACCUUGACAUCGAUGCACAGAGCGAAACCACCUUAUGGAGGCUAAAGUUUUUUGUGAAGGACGCGCUGGAAGUCCAGGGAAAAAGUGCAGCCAGCGCAGGUGGCCGAAACAACACCACCACCCCUAGCAAUAAUAACAAUAACAACAACAAACGUAAAAGAGAGAUUUGCGAUGCUAUUGCCAAAACUGCCAAGAAAAGGAGUAAAAAGCCCUCCUCUUGAUCUUAUUGUACCGUAGAUAAGUGCUGUUAUGGAUUCUGGUAAGCUUUCAUCUUGAUUGCCUUUUCUCAUGGAACAUUUUAGUGGGAAGUGAUUCUUGCCAUCAGAAAACGAGCCUGACAAGUAUUGGGGGGAGAAAGCACGUAUCUUGACUUGUCUCUUGGUGAGUGAUAUUUAUCUUCUGUGAGAAGCUGGUUGCGACCAAAGCCAUUCUAAUGUGCAGCCGUUUCCAAUUUUCCCAAAAAAAGAAAAAGCCAGAUUCAAGUGUUGUUUCAUUUCUUGCAAUGUAAAUCUCAUCACUUGUACCGCUACGAUUUUGUAAGAUGUAUGAGUGAUUCUCUUGCUUGGUGUAGAACAGAAAGAUGGAACUUGAGUUUUCUAAACUUGUCAUCUGGGAGCAACUGGAAGUUUUCUGGCGGCAAUGUUUAUUUUUUUUUGGGUUCUGCUAGACCCCUUUUUUCUUUGCCA